AUGGCAUGCAAAGGCGCCGCCAGAAGCAAUGCGUCUGCACAAACAGGACCUCCCAAGGCAGAUUUUGAAGAUGCCAUGAAAUCGAUGAUGCAAGGAGGAUCCAGCCGACAGGGUGGUUCGGCAAGUGAUAAAAAAAGUCGAAUAAGGUACGCUCUGUCGGAAGCAAUUUGCGCUCACAACAGAAAGUUGCUUUCAGAGGCGCACUGCUUGGCCCUGAUGCGUGAUGAGCGCAAAGGCAACCUUCUUCUGCGAUUUAAAGCAGUGUUGCCUGAUUUGACCAUUGUCUCGGGUUCCUUGGGCCUACAGGCACUGGAAGGUUCAGCGGAGAGCAUCGCCACGGCGACUGCUCAGAUCAUGCAACACUUCUGCCAACCUUGGAAGUGUCCACCACGUGGCUCUGCCAAGGCAGAAGGCGUAGUGGAUGAAGACUUGUUGCAUCGAUUGAAGCACCGUGUCUCAAUCAUUGUCACGGAUGCUGCAUCGGCAGAACUCUUGGCAAGCGAUUUGCACCGCGGGGUCCGUCGUGCAGCCGACCAGACCCAAACAUUGGACAUUGCUAUGCCGAACAUCAAAAUCGUCGGCCGAGACUGCGCGCAUGCUACAUCGAGACUGCUAAAGCGACCGUUUUCCAAGAGUCCUACCUUGAACAGUCUCAUGCAGGAAUGGAUCCAUGGAUCUGAUUCCUUCUGUCAGAAAGUUUGGCAUUCGCCGCUUCUCAGCAAGUGGUGGGCUAAGGCCAUUGGACAUGGAGCGGAAGAGUUGGGAAUUGACGGUGGUUGCACCUCACUGAGUGCGGCCAAGCACCGUUUCGCAACCUUUCUGAAUCCAUUGUCUCGGCUUUGCAAAAACCUGCAAACGGUUUUUGACGUCUGCGGACGGGUGCAAGCCAUGCGAGGUGAAGAGGCGUCAUGGGCUGGAAAGCUUUGUCGCAACUUCAGUGGCUUCAAGGCGGCUUUACUGGCUUUGUGUGCUGAUGCUGCCUCCAUCUGUUCGGAUUUCACUCGUUACAGUGAUCGGGAAGAUAUGGACUUAGCAACAUUGAACCUGCAUGCGCAAGGGUUUUCAGACCGCGGACGUGCAUUGUUCGUCGAAGGCCAGGCGUUGACAUUGCCAACCUACACCAGGGAAUUGAUGGAACGAUCUGAUCCCAUCACUAUCAUCGUAGACGGGUUUGCGAAAGAGGUCAAAGAAUGGCUCUGCGUCGCUGAAGAUGUAUUGAAGCAAGAAUUUCCGAGCUGGCAUUUGCUUGCAUGCUUUGAUGUCUUCCAUUUGUCCGAGCACGGACAGAAGACAGACGUCAAACGAAGUUUGGAAAAAUUGGGCAAAGCUUUCCGUGUAUCAGAUGCAGGGUUAAAAGAGCAGUAUCAAAAGCUGCUUCCGAUUGCCUUGUCUAUGCACAAGCAAGGCGGGCUACCCAAUCGGGACGCAUGGAAGGAAGCCUAUGCUCGGACACGGCCAAGAAAUGCUUCCCAAGGCAAAUAUUAUGCGCCAGACUUGUUUGAAGUAUUGGCAGCUUACAUGGCAUGGACUAGUUCGUCCAGUGGGGUCGAGCAGCAAUUUUCCAAAGUGAAGAGAAGCCCCGUUGAGCUGUCAAGCAGUGCUGCAGACACGGAUCGCCGCAUGGCUAUUGUCAUGGGCGAAGGUAGCAAGUCCGAUGCCUGUCGGGCAGCAAUUGUUGAAGCAGCUCAGAACGUGUACUGUGACCUUUUGCGGUCAGGUGUGGCACGAACACGACAAUGCAAGAGAUUCGAUGCAGGCACUCAUCGCGCUGGCCGACAAGGGUCUCAUGCUCAGUGGAACAGAGAUCGCAAGCAGGCCUUGGACGAAGCUGUUUCGCAGUGUAGCACACCACUGCGUAGACCUCGGCAGGAGUUGCCGGAGUCGCUCGAAAAGGAAAGGGACUUCCAGAAAGAAAAGGAACGGAAACGUAAAGCGGAGGCUUUUAAUGACGGCUUGCUGUUAGAGGAUGAGGCAACUGACGACGUCCUUUUGUUAAAAGGCGCCGGGGAAGCCAUUCCGGGGUUCAACAGGACGCGUGUCAAAUGUUUCACGGCCAGGGACUUUAUCCGGUGGCUGGUAGGUUCUUGCCUGAAUCGACAGGCAAGCGCACGCAUCCACAAAUCAUAG